GAGAGGCGCAGAGCAGCUCGGCUCUUCUCAUGGCUAACGUGAUGACAGCUGAUUACAUCGACACCCGCAGAAGACCACAGCCGGACCGCUUCUUGCGUGUCAACAUGUUUUAAUGCCUUUCGCAAACAAACCCACACAGCUCUUCUAGGAAAUAAUGACUCGGCGCACAGCUCCGAGGCUGUGGGACGCGUAGCUGUUAAAAAGUUGCGGUGUCGUGGAGAAGGGCAACUCCGCCAACACCGCACCACAUCACCAGGCUCGAGAAGUUGGGUAUCUAGUCUGAGUGGAUCUAACGGCCUGGUCCCAAAAGGUUAUGAGUAAUGGAAGCAGGAUCUGUGGUGCGCGCUGUGUUUGAGUUUCUCCCCAGCGUCUCCGAGGAGCUACCACUAUUUACUGGCGAUGUCAUCGAGGUGCUCAGUGUCGUAGAUGAGUUCUGGUUGCUCGGCAACAAAGAUGGCGUUACAGGUCAGUUCCCCAGCACCUUUGUGGAAGAGGUCACCAUUCCCAGCACCAAGCCUGGAGACAGACUGUAUGUGUGCAUUAAUGAUUUCAGCUCAGCAGAGCCAGGAAAUCUGUCCCUGAAGAGAGGUGAUGUGGUAGUUGGGGAGGCGGGAGGGUCCGUGGACCUCGGGGAAAUCUGGCAACGUGGCUGUAAUGCCUGGGGUGCCCGUGGUCUCUUCCCGACAUCAUGUGUGAAGGAGCUGACCCUUUCAUGCCGUUCCCGGCAGCUGUCUGAGCGCUCAGCCCAGGCCCAGGCGUCAGAGCUCCCACCUUAUGCUCUAGGUCAAGCCCGGGCCCUUAUGAGCCUCCAUGCGCAGCUCAGUGAGGAGCUGGACUUCCGUGAGGGGGACGUGAUCAUCAUCACAGGCCUGCCUGAGCCGGGCUGGUUCCAGGGCGAACUUGAUGGCCGCAGGGGAAACUUCCCAGAGGGGUUUGUGGAGCUAUCAGGUCCCCUUCGGUCUCCUCAGGAACCUGUAGACUCCCAGUAUUUGAACAAAGACCCUCAGCCAUGCAUCUACGAGGAAGCCUUUGAGGCUGAAGAGGGGAAUGAGGAGGCAGGAAUGGAAGAAGAGGAGGAAACGUUGAGAGAGGAGGAAGAACAAAAAGUAGUAGAGGAAGAGCAGGAGGAAGAGGAGGGCGGAGUCUAUGGAGUAGCACAGUAUGAGUUUCGAGCCAUGGAACCAGGCGAGUUGGACUUUGAUGUGGGGGAUCGAAUCCGUAUUGUCGGUACAUUGGAAGAUGGUUGGCUGGAGGGACAGGUGCGAGGGCAGCGGGGUAUCUUUCCUCAUCGCUUUGUCAAAAUAGAGGGGCAUGUUCAAAAAAUUGCAGAAGAAACGGGUGUUGUUGAGACAGAAGAAGAGAAGGAGAUCAGCAAUACUGAACACACCUCUGAUCAUUUAUGUCCCAAUGAUCCAGAGAAAGAGUGGAGCAUGUAUGAGGAUCACACAGUGUGGGACCUGGACUAUUUUGAGAGGGCUGAGGAGCACCGGUGGGCAUGUGAAAACCAAAGUACUGUUGCUCAGACUGGUAACGCAGGGCAGACAGACUGUGGUCAAAGGGCUGACUCUCAGCCACGUAGACCUGCCCCCCCAGCACAAAGGGGGCCUCAGAGGCCGAAAUCCACUCCUCCAGAAAGGCCCAGGCUGCCACCACGGCCUAACUUUCCCCCACAUAGCCAUAGGCAGCACGUUGGCCCAGCUACUAGCAGAAAUCUGCCUACCUCUACCAAUGGUAACCAUCAGCCUCGACAACCCAAGCUAAGUCAUAGCCUAACACUUCAUAACACCCAACCUGGGUGGUCUAAAGACAGCAAAUAUUACCAGAGGCAGCAAAGAAAGAACGCCUCCUUCAAUAACAGAGGUCAGGCAUUAAACAGUGUGGAGGGCCAAAAGUAUAAGAGGCUAACUCGCCAUGCAAGUGCCAGCGAUGCUGAUAUGAUGAGCUCUGAGAUCCGCCUGCGUAACCAACAGAUGACACGUCGCUCUAACGGGCUACUGCCUACAUCCGUAACCUUAGAAACCUUGGCAAGCUCGACCAGUGACCUGGAGACGAAGCUGUCACAGCAGCUCUUUGAAUUUGAGAAAAGCUUGAGCAAUCAGCCCCAUAUCUCACGGCACUUUUCUAUCCUGGACUACAAAGACGAAAGGGAUAUCAUUCGAGGCUCCUCGCACUCUCCUGUGUCCCACCUCCUGCAGUCUGACUCUCACUCUUUGGAAAGACGCAGAACCCUCCGCCCUCCGCCUCCUCGUCCCAGAGCCACGCGCCCACCAGCUCCAGCUGCGUACAAACCGACUCGCCCGGCUCCACGCCCUCCUCCCCGGUGCCCGAGACAGAAUCGCACUACUCCUCCAACCGGCAACUCCCUCAUCAACACACCCAUCUUUUACACCCCCGACGAGCCGGCUGCAAACCUCCUCGACCAAACAACGGGAGGCCAGGUUGAGCAGGGCGACCCUGAAGCGGCCCAGGAACAUGAGAUCCAGUGUCAGCUUGAGGCAGAGCAAGAGCUGGAGAGAGAUGGAGAGAUGGAGCUAGAGACUCAGACACAGAGGGAGGAAGAGGAGGAGGAAAGGCAACAGCUGUUGCUACGGCUACAAGAAGUGGAACGCGACAUGGAGGCUUACGCACACACGGCGGAGGAACUCAGGGCGAUGCUGGAGGAGGAGGAGCAGGAUGAGACAGCCCGCGUCCAGGCCUUGGAGAAUCUAGAGUUCUGCAAUUACACGCUGGAGACGCUGGCCCUGGAGCAGCAGCAGCUACAAGAGAUGACGCUUUUGCCGUCUGAACCUAAAACUCUGGAGUCCGCCCCCAUCUCCGCGACGCCCAGCGCCAGCACGGGCUCUGAGGAUCCAGAGACCAGGAUGCUAGAAAAGAGGUCAAAGGUCAUCGAGGAGCUGCUGCAGACAGAGAGGGACUACAUCAAAGACCUUCAAAUGUGUGUCGAGGAGAUCAUUGAGCCUCUGCAGCAGAAGGCCAUUUAUCUCGAGUGGGGUAAAACGAAUUACAUCAACCUGGGCUCAUUCUUGAUUAAGCCGGUGCAGCGAGUGAUGCGUUACCCGCUGCUGCUGACGGAGUUGCUCGGGGCCACCCCGGAGAGCCACCACGACCGGGCCCAGCUCGCUAAGGCUGUGCAGGCCGUCAAGGACAUCAACGUGAACAUCAACGAGUACAAACGCCGAAAAGAUCUCGUGGUGAAGUACAGGAAAGGGGACGAAGACACGUUCAUCGACAAGAUCUCCAAGCUGAGCAUGCACUCGAUUAUCAAGAAGUCGAACCGCGUCAGCAGCCACCUGAAGCAACUCACAGGAAUUUCACCGCAGAUUAAAGAUGAAGCGUUUGAUGAAGCUGAAAAAAGAUUCAGGCUGCAAGAGAGACUCAUCAAGUCUUUCAUCAGAGAUAUUUCCCUGUACCUGCAGCAUAUCAGGGAAUCAGCAUCUGUGAAGGUCCUGGCAGCCAUCAGUUUCUGUGACAUCUACACGGAGCGCAGUGUGCUGGAUCCCGACCGAUUUCAGAGAGCUCACCGCUACAUCAGUGACAAAAAGUUUACAGAAUUUAAGGAGCGCACAGAGGCCUUAGUCAUCAACCCGCUCACCCAGCUCCUCCUCAUGUUUGCCGGGCCCCACAAACUCAUCCAGAAGCGCUUCGAUAAGCUGCUGGACUACGACAACUGCAAAGAGCGCGCCGAUCGCUUUAAAGACAGACGCACCCAGGAAGAGCUGCAGGUGACACGCAAUACUUACGAAGCGCUCAACGCCCAACUUCUGGACGAGCUACCGAAGUUCCACGGCGUGGCAGAAGAGCUUUUUACAGGCUGCGUGAGGGCUUUCGCUCAAGCCCAGAAGGACUUCAUGAAGACGACGCUGGGAGAGCUGAAGCCACUCCUACAGUUUUCUAACAAAGUUGGCACGGGGAGCAACCUGAUUUCACAGUUUCAAGAAGAGCACAGUCAAGUCCUCCAGCUUCUUCAGAGCUUUAGCUUCUGCCCAGAGAACCUGCCUCCGGCCUCCGCCGCCGCAAAAAAGCCCUUUGAGAAGAAAACUCUGGAGAAGCAGACUUCUAAAAAGCAAGUCCAGGGACCUCCCAGCCACGUCCCGCAGACAGACGAGCACCGUGCAGAACUUCUGGUGCGCUUUGGCCCUGAGAAACUUUACCAGGCAGAUAGGAAUUUUAAUGCUGCGCAGGAUCUGGAUGUCUCUAUACAAGAGGGCGACCUUGUGGGUGUAAUCAAGCAGCAGGACCCCAUGGGAAGCCAGAACCGCUGGCUAAUUGAUAAUGGAGUCGGCACUGGUUUCGUAUACAGCUCCUUCCUCAAACCCUACAAUCCUCGAAGGAGCCAUUCAGACGUCUCCAUCGAGAGCCAGUCGUCCAAUGAGUCGGGCUACGGCGGCUCCUCCCCUGUUUUCUCCCGCCAGAACAGCAACAGCACGCUGACCUUUAACCAGGAAACGGCCACUGUCAGCUUUACGCAAUCCCAGAGCCAUUCAUCCCCACAGCCGUCGCUGGACUCCGCCUCAUCUCGUAGGAGUCACCAGAAAGACGUACCGCACCCCGACUCUGCCAGUCAGAGCAACUCCAUGAACUCUUCACCCCGAAACCCCUCAAACCGCAAGGAGUUUUCAGAUCAAACGCACCGAAAUACCUCCAGUCACAGAGACGUAGAGCCUUCUUACCGGCACUCGGGCAGUCACAGAGACUCGUACGACACGAGUUACGGAAGUUCAAGCGGACACAAGGAGAUGUCGGACCUCUCUGAGACAGACUCUUAUUCUUCGCAACGUGACAAUCACUCGCAGCGGUAUGGACACACAGACAAAAGCUACAGUUCAUAUCAGUGGAGAAACGGAGACAGCAGCAAUCAGAAGAAACCUGUUUAUUCCAGAGAGGAGUACAUCGAGCCAGAGCCAGAACCAGAACCAGAACAGGAGAGUGAAGUGGACGGACAUCAGAUCUACUAUGCCCUCUACUCCUUCACCGCCCGUUGCGCCAAUGAACUGAGCAUCUCAGCCAAUGAGCGACUGCGAAUUCUCGACUUCAAGGACAUGAACGGCAACAGCGAAUGGUGGCUGGGGGAGGCGGGCGGUCGGCGAGGAUAUGUGCCUUCCAACUAUAUACGCAAAUCCGAAUAUACAUGAACAAAUGUUGCGGGGGAGAAAUGAGACUGAACUUUAAGAGGCAUUAAGAAGGUUUAACUCCGUGAGCACAGACAGAACAAAGAGACAAGAAAGUGAAGUGUUGUCUGACCAGUGCUGCAAACCGCCCCUGAAAGUCUAUGUUUAUAGACUUUUUCUUUUUUAUUAUUAUUUUUUUUACUUGCUGAAAAACUGCACGCUCCCCAAGCCCCACUUAGUUUCCCGUGGGGGAAAAACCUGUGAAUUGGAACAAACUUGCCAUAUUUCUUUUUUGGGGUUUCAGUUAAGAGAACAGUCUUUAGGAUCAGCUCAUUGGGAGAUUGCAAUGAAAAUGUGAAUGUUUUUGGUUCAGACUGACUCUUAAAGCAUUGAGUGGUAUGUGGACAGACUGACCUGACACUGUGUUAACUCCUUUUUUUCUUUUUUUUCCUGCAUGUGGUUUGUUCCACCACUGUAGUGGUAACUAUGGGAUGAAUUUAUAACAUUCAGUUGAAUAAUCAGUGUUUGAGGCAAAGUUUGAAGUGUCUGCAGAGCCAUCGGCAGAAGUUUGGGGUGUUGGACUGAAAUCAACAUUCGUCAUAUAGUUUACAAGCACUCCUUUUAACUUUUGGGUGAAUUGACUCCCAGUAAACUGGUUCUUUAAGAGAACAGGGAGAGGGAGACUUGCAGUCUGAUUGGACCCUUCUCUAAAUGCUACCCAUGUAUUUUAUAGGAUAUAUGAUGCUGUAUAUUGAGAUGGUAUUGUACCCACUGUAAAGUGAUCACUGAAUAAAAAAACAAACUAGCUGAAAAAA